CAAUGCCGAUGGUAUACCUCAAGACGACUUCAACGACUGUCGUCGGAAGGAGGCGGCCCUCUGGCCAAUGCCGAUGGUAUACCUCAAGACGACUUCAACGACUGUCGUCGGAAGGAGGCGGCCCUCUGGGUGUACGGCAGCUCUAAAGCCCUGUACGCGAACAGAAUCUCGUUUCUGUUUGACUUUCACGGGCCGUCCACUCUGAUAGACACGGCCUGUUCGGCAUCGAUGGUGGCGCUGACCAAUGCCCUGCAGGACAUCCGGACGGGCAACUGUGACGCGGCCAUAGUGGCCACCGGGAACCUCACGCCAUCGCCCUUCUCUAACUGCAUCUACCAAUCCAUUGGUCUGAUGGCGUCCGACGGCAAGUGCAAAGUGUGGGACAAGAAGGCCGACGGAUUCGUGCGCUCGGAGACCGUGGGCUCAGUAUUCCUGCAGAAGCGAAGUGAUGCCAAACGAAUCUAUUCCACUCUAUUGCACGCCAAGACUAACACCGAUGGCUUCAAAUCCAUUGGUCUCUUCUCGCCGUUUUGGUUGAGACAAAGGGAUCUCAUGAUUGAGACCUAUCACGAGGCGGGCAUCGAUCCCAAUGAUAUCAAGUUCUUUGAAUCGCACGGCACGGGUACUAAUGUCGGCGACCCUCAAGAGGCGAAGGCUAUCGCCGACGCCUACUGUCACGACAGAAAGGAACCGUUACUGUUAGGAGCCGUGAAAAGUAAUUUGGGGCACUCGGAGGGCUCAUCCGGAUUGUGCUCAUUGGCCAAAGUGAUCGUCGCCUUCGAGAACAAGUGUAUUCCGGCUAACCUUCACUUCGAGGAACCGAAGCCUGAGAUCGAGUGUGUGGUCAAUAAGACACUGAUCCCAGUGAUGAAGAACACGCCGUUCGAGAACGGCAUCGUUGGCGUCAACUCUUUCGGUGUGGGCGGAGUGAACGCUCACGCCUUGCUUAAGUCCAACGAAAAGGAGGCCACAGACGACACCUACAAGAUAUGUGAUCCCAUCCCGCGUCUGGUGAACGUCAGCGGCAGAACCGAAGCGGCGGUCAAUCAUAUCUUCGACUUCAUUGAAAACAAUCCAAAGAAAGUACACAAAGACUUCUUAGCGCUGUUGAACGACGCGAUGAAGACCCAGAUUAUUAAGGGAUCGUCUAAUUUCCCGAACAGAGGCUAUGUUAUCAUCAAAGAGAAACCAAAAGAUGAAGAAACCCCGAGUACUGACACUGAAGUCCAGUACGAAUACCAGCGCACAGUUUGCGAUGCAUUGAGACCCUCUCCCGUUUGGCUGUGUUUCUCGGGAAUGGGCAGUCAGUGGACAGGAAUGGCUCAGAAACUGAUGCCCAUUAAGACAUUCGCUGAUUCCUUGAGGCGUUGUGCGGCAACUCUGGAACCGUUUGGCAUUGAUUUGAUGGAUCUGUUGCUCAGCGACGACGACAAGGCUCUUAAGAAAAACCCGACCAAUGCUUUCGUAGCCAUCACUUCAAUGCAGGUCGCGCUGUACGACACCUUCUGUAUGCUGGGCAUCGAAGUGGUCGGCAUUAUUGGCCACUCCUUUGGCGAAGUCGCCUGUGCUUACGCUGACGGGUGUCUCACUUUAGAGCAAACUAUUCUCACCGCUUAUUGGAGAGGAAAGAUUGUCGAGACCUCUAAACUGCCCAAAGGAAUGUUGGCUGCGGUGGGCCUGACGUGGGACGAGACCAUAAAGCGGUGUCCGGACGGCAUUGUGGCCGCCUGUCAUAAUGGCAACGACUCGGUCACCAUAUCUGGUCUCUACGAUAAUAUGGUUAAGUUUGUGGAGCAACUCAAGGGUGAGAACAUAUUCGCCCGACAAGUGGCCGGCGGUGACUAUCCAUAUCACAGCCCAUUCAUGAAUAUUGUUGCGCCGCCUCUGUUGGAAAUCCUCAAUAAAGUAAUCCCUGACCCGAAACCAAGGAGUGAACGAUGGGUUUCCACUUCAUUCCCGAGAGAUCAAUGGGAUUCACAAAAGGCUAAGUUUGCUUCAGGCGAUUAUUUCACAAACAAUUUGAUAUCUCCGGUGCUGUUCAACGAAGGCAUGAAAGAAAUCGGCAAAAACUCGUACGUCAUUGAAGUGGCGCCGCAUUCACUCUUCGAGUCCAUCUUCAAGCGAUGCUUCCCUUCACUCACUUAUACGGGACUCAUGAAGAGGACAGAAGCGGAUAAUCUCUGUUUCUUCCUCUCGUCAAUCGGGCGCCUCUUCACGUUAGGCCUGAAUCCGACGAUUGAGAAGUUGUACCCGAAGGUGGAGUGGCCGGUAUGUCGGGGCACACAAUCCAUUAGCUCUCUCUUCCAAUGGGAUCACGAGAGGAGUUAUGAAGUGAAGAAAUUCCCGGAAUUCCAUAACUAUGCGACCGCUUCUGACUUUGUCAUGAAAUUCUGUUUAUUGGAAUCCGACUGGAAUUUCCUCAAAGACCACGCCGUCGACGGCAGAGUCUUAUUCCCGGCCACCGGUUAUCUACUGAUGGCGUGGAGAAGGUUGGCCGCCAUGAAGGGCCAGCCGUGGAUGAAAACGCCCGUCCAUUUCGAGAAUGUCAGGUUCUUUCGGCCGACUCUCUUAUCGGAGACAACAGAAGUGAAGUUUACAAUCCGAGUGCUCGAAGGAACGGGAGAUUUCACUAUUUCUGAGAACAAUGCGAUCGCCUGCUCUGGAAAGGUGUCUAUGCCUGAAGACCCUAUUCUUGAAAUGCAGGAUCAGUUGGACGAAGAGAUUAUAGAGGAGGACGACGAGGAGAAAAUGCAUGAAAUUUUGUUCAAUAAAGAUAUUUACAAAGAACUCCGGAUCCGUGGCUACGAUUAUGGUCCCAAAUUCCAAGGGCUCGUUGAGGCCAGAGGUGAUGGGCGUCGGGGCAAAGCAAAGUGGACGGGCCAUUGGGUCAGUUUCGUGGACUCUGUCUGCCAUUUAGCUCUCGUGGCGCUUCCCAUACGCGCCCUCUUUAUUCCCAUUGGCUUUCAAUCAAUACGUUGUGAUCCAAACGUCUUGUUUGAAGCGAUUGAGUCCGUGAAGAAGGAGAAGGAAGAGGCGGCCGUUUUGGACGAAGAAAAGCCAGAAUUCUUCUACUUUCGAGAGAACCAGAAAGUGAAGGCUUUGGAUGAAAUUAAUCUCGAAGACGAUAUUAAAGGAACAGAAAUUAUUGGUGAAAUCAGACCCGAUAUGGGCGACGAUGAGGCCAAAGAAGCAGAUUUUAUGGUUAAACAGCAGAUUAAGGCUGCAAUGGUUGGGGGCGAAGACAAGAUGGCGUCCGAAAUUCUGGGCAUCACUAAUAUUGGUCUCGACACCGAUAACGUGGAUGAGGACAAGAUCUCUAUUCUUCCCGUCUCUUUUGAUCUGAACUUUAGGUCAAUUGUAACCAAAGGUCUUGAGAUUAAGGGCUUUAUUCCGGUGAAUGUGCCGCGAAGACCUGGACAACAGGGACUGACUCUCGAGAGACAUGAGUUUAUCCCUCAUUUUGAAGACAUGGCUAUUGAGAGUCCAUUCAAAGAGAGUUUGAAUGAAUACAUCUCCGUUUGCUGUAAUUUGGCUGAAAAGUUGUCACAAAUUACACCAAAAGUAAGCAAAUUAGUUCUCAACGGAUAUAAGUUGGCCGACGAGUCGAUGGUUAAGAAAUACACUGAAGUUCCCAACGAUGACUGGAAACUGAUGAAAUUACUGAAAGAACUCAUUGAUCUUAAAGUGGACUCAAAUCUCAAUAUAAUCGAAGAUCAGAAGAAGGAUUCAAAGAAUUUGGAGAACUCUUUCAAAGAGAUAACCGACAAAAAGGAGAACAACAUAUCCAAUGAUUUAAUCAAUUCUGUGUUCACUAACGAGAGAUUUAUUCGUCCGUUCGUUGAUUUGGUUUUGGAGAACAGUUCAGACAAAUCGCAGAUCAAAGUCUUGGAGAUGAAUCCGAGUCGAGGUGUCUUUGCCAACAAUUUGAUUCAGAAAUUCAAAGACUCUUGUAUUGGACUAAUUAAUGUCGAUUACAUGAUUGCAAAUCCGUCGCCACAGACAAUACCUGAAGAGACAAAAGCAUUGAAUCUAAAGACACUUGAAUGGGAUUUGAGUACAAAUCAGUUCAUUAAAGAUAUUCAAUCGCUUGACUUAUUAGUAUACAGAAUGACUAACAAAGUGGCCAAGUCUUGGAAUCUCGAGAAUCAGAUCCAGGCUUUAAGUGAUACGCUUAAGUACAAUGGCUUCCUAUUCCUGACGGGACGAUCAAAACUGACUCCUCCGGAGAACACUGUAUACCAACUGAUGGGCCAAAACCCAGCGGACGAUCUGUUGGCCGCCAAAGAAAUGGACAGAUUUAUAGAGUUGGCUCAAAAGGCUGGCCUCAAACUGGUGGGCAGAAAGAGUGACGCCUACAGCACUUCCAUCGCUGUAUUCAGAAAAGUAAUGACAUUCCAAAGGGAGGAACUCAUUGUCAACAUUCCUAAUGGGAAUUACGAGGAUUGGGUGGAACCACUGAAAACUGUUUUGGUCACUAAUAAAGAAUCAGAGGAUCCCAAGACUAUAUGGCUUAUUGGAAACGACACGUCUUGUAAUGGAAUCAUUGGUCUAUUGAAUUGUCUUCGUCUAGAACCGGGAGGUUCUCAUAUUCGCUGUAUUUUCGAUUACGACCAGAAACUGCCUAAAGAUAUAAACUUCACUAAAAAUCCAUUCAAACAAUUGGCUGAAUUGGACUUAGUUUGCAAUAUAUACAAAGGGGGAAAAUGGGGAACUCAGAGGCAUAUACUGCUCCCCGAGGAACAGGAGACCAUAGAGACAGAGCACGCGUACCUCAAUGUGGUCACCAGAGGAGAUAUGUCGAGCUUGAAGUGGUUCGACGCUCACCACAAAUACUUCCCUAAUCUUCCCGCACAUGAGAAGAAAGAACAGGAAGUACUCUGCAAUGUCUACUACUCUGCCCUCAACUUUAAGGAUGUGGUGUUAGUGUCGGGAAAGAUACAGCCGGGACCUGAAGGUGCGCUUUUCGACUGUAUUAUUGGUCUUGAGUUCGCGGGCCGUCGAAGUGAUAAUGGAAAGCGAGUGAUGGGAAUGGUUCCCUUCAAAGGCAUCGCCACCACUCUUCUCACGUACAAAGACUACUUGUGGGACAUUCCCGACGACUGGUCCAUAGAGGACGCGGCAACCGUUCCCGUGGUCUAUACGACCGCUUAUUAUGCGCUUAUAAUGAGAGGAAACCUAUUGGAAGGCGAAUCAGUUCUGAUCCAUUCAGGCGCUGGUGGUGUAGGACAGGCCGCUAUCUUCAUCUGUCAGAGUAUGGGAUGCGAAGUGUAUGUGACGGUCGGUAAUGAGGAGAAGCGAGACUUCAUGAAGAAGAAGUUCGGAAUCCCUGACUCACACAUCGGGAACUCACAUGAUGAUCGGCUUCACCAAGAAGUAGACCGCCAUCUCAUACACCACACGACUGUCACUCACAUUAUCACUGAUAUGUUGGACACGAAUCCA